AUGCUGUCAUCCAUUGAACCCCUGGAGGAGAGAUUCAGACAGGUAGAAGAAGAGAGUGAGAGGAGGGCUAUGCAAGAGCAAGACCUGUCGACAAAUGAGCUAGUUGACCCUGAUUUAGUCAGCCUAAGCAGGCGAGGACAUCAGCGGAAGAAGAGUUCAGUCUCAAUUUCACGAUUCGGCCAGCCUGGCACAGGUAGUUCCACUUCACCCACACCUUCACUACUCGCUACUGUUGCCCACAAGUCGACAUUCUAUCAUUCAUUAGCAAACCCCAGAAGCAUGGACUCCUUCAUUUCCGAACGCUCAGAAGACGAAUCUCGCCAUUUAGAAGAUGACCAGCAGGUGACGCGAGUCGAACGAAUACAUAGCCGUCAGCCUUUCCAGAAGACAGUUGAAGCCAUACUACCCCGACGCAUGGUUCGGUCGCAGUCAUCAAACGUACUCUCGCCGAGCACACGCCUGGUCAUUGACGUCUCUGUCGAAAAGGCAACAGUUGAUACCGCAUAUGCGCGCUCUGAGGACACCCACACCACCACCAUUCACGCAACCAAAGCAGGAGAGCUAAGCCCUAGAGCGUCUCGGAUUAGCGCACUUGGCGCCAAGCCACCGGCAGACGGGCUGGUAGAACGGGCGAAAUCGUUCGCUCGUAAAUUCGGACGUAAGAGAAAGCCCGAAUCUGGGUGA